CUAACCCUAACCCUAACCCUAACCCUAACCCUAACCCUAACCCUAACCCUAACCCUAACCCUAACCCUAACCCUAACCCUAACCCUAACCCUAACCCUAACCCUAACCCUAACCCUAACCCUAACCCUAACCCUAACCCUAACCCUAACCCUAACCCUAACCCUAACCCUAACCCUAACCCUAACCCUAACCCUAACCCUAACCCUAACCCUAACCCUAACCCUAACCCUAACCCUAACCCUAACCCUAACCCUAACCCUAACCCUAACCCUAACCCUAACCCUAACCCUAACCCUAACCCUAACCCUAACCCUAACCCUAACCCUAACCCUAACCCUAACCCUAACCCUAACCCUAACCCUAACCCUAACCCUAACCCUAACCCUAACCCUAACCCUAACCCUAACCCUAACCCUAACCCUAACCCUAACCCCCUAACCCUAACCCUAACCCUAACCCUAACCCUAACCCUAACCCUAACCCUAACCCUAACCCUAACCCUAACGCAUGAGACUUGUAGUUUUCAAAAAUGUUUUCAUUUUUGAUGAGACGCUGAAUAAAAGAAGUUUAAUCGCCCUCAAACGAAAACCCGCGAC